AUGUCCAAGUACCUGUCUCUCGUCGCCUCGGCCGCCGUCGCGCUGGCUUCUGGCCCUUCGUGCCCUGUCGAUGGCCCUCUGAGCUGCCACAACUCGACUGCUACUGCCAACACGUGCUGCUUCGAGUUCCCUGGCGGCCAAAUUGUCCAGACGCAAUUCUGGGACACCAACCCGUCUACUGGUCCUUCUGACUCUUGGACCGUCCACGGUCUCUGGCCCGACAACUGUGACGGCACCUUUGACCAGUACUGCGACCAGAACCGCCAGUACACCAACAUUAGCGAUAUCCUGAGCGCCGGCGCCCCCGACACCCUCAGCUACAUGCAAAAGUACUGGAAGGACUACCAGGGCCACGACGAGACCUUCUGGGAGCAUGAGUUUGGCAAGCACGCCACCUGCAUGAGCACCCUUGACCCGUCCUGCUACUCCAACUACCAGUCUGGCCAGGAGGUUGUCGACUUCUUCAACACGGCCGUCAGCGUCUUCAAGACUCUCCCCUCGUACACCUGGCUCGCCCAGGCCGGCAUUGUGCCCUCCACCACCAAGACAUACACCCUCUCGGCUAUCCAGGCCGCCCUCAAGAGCCACCACGGCCACAACGUCGUCAUCAACUGCAAGAGCGGCGCCCUCAACGAGCUCUGGUACCAGUUCAACGUCCAGGGUUCCAUCCAGUCCGGCAAGUUUGUCGCUGCUGACCCCGUCGGCUCCGGCUCGACCUGCCCCUCCACCGGCAUCAAGUACCUCCCCAAGUCUGGCGGCUCGACCUCUCCCACUACCACUUCGUCUGGCCCUGCUCCUACCGGCGGCGCUUCCGGCAAGGGUACGAUUUCCGUUACUCCCUCGGACGGCUCCGGCGCCCAGGGCUUUCUGAUUAGCAGUGGCAAGUGGUACAGCUCCGGCGGCACCCCGGCUACUUACACGGCCACCGGCUCCGGCUCCUCCGUCACCUUGAAGACCAGCAAGGGCAACUGCGCCAUCCAGAGCGAUUCUUCUUUGUUCUGCGGCAGCUCUGUCUCGCCUAGCACCUUUGCCAUCCAGGGCGGCCUUGUCACGUACAACGGCGCCUCGACCUUUUACGCUACCGAUGUCCCUAGCGGCACUGACCAGGUCACUGUCUACACUUCCAGCCAGGACGUCGCCUUCACCCUCAACUGGAACGCUAACUAA